AUGUCUGAGGACGAAACUGCGAAACUAUGGAAGGUCAAUCGGACAAUCCACGAACUCGUAAAAGACAGGGGGUACCAAGUUUCGGACGAUGAGAUCAACAUGGACCUGACCACGUUCAGGUCGCACUACGCUAACAGUGGAGGCAGCGUCGAUCGAAACCAACUCAAUUUCUUCACCAACUCCAGAGAAAAUCCAACAGACCAGAUUUUCAUAUUCUUUUCAGAUGAGAAAAGCGUCGGCGUUAAAACCAUGCGGAAGCUAUUGGGUAUCCUCGAGGAGAAGUCGAUCAUGCGGGGGAUCAUCAUCUUUCCCGGCAAUAUGACGCCAUCCGCACGAAAAGUAAUUGCAGCGAUGUCCCAACAAUAUCGGCUGGAAGAGUUCUCGGAAGCUGACCUACUCGUUAAUAUCACUCAUCACACACUGGUCCCGCGGCAUGAGGUCCGGCUGAAGGAGACCCAACUUCCUCGAAUACAGCUGGCCGACCCCGUGGCACGAUACUAUGGCCUUCGGAGAGGCCAAGUCGUCAAAAUUACUCGCCCUAGUGAAACCAGCGGCCGAUAUGCCAGUUAUCGUAUAUGUUUCUAG